AUGAACUUGCAGAGACUUUUCAAGAAAGAUCCAAUGAUUCGCAAGCUUAUCCAUUAUAUUCCUGAUUCGGAGCCUGGUGGGCCAAUGAUGGUUCUUGAAGCAUUUACUAACUCGCUUUGGGAAGCGCGGAAUGCGAGGCCAUUGACUGCAAAGGAGAUAAAAUGGAUUAUGAAGGGCGUUCUUCUAGGCAUAUUUACAGUUCAUAUGAAAGGGUUGGUUUAUACUGGUGAGUGUAAAGUGCUGAAAUUUUAUUUCAACAUGAAUUUUGAACUUGGCAUAUUCACUCUCACUUUAGAUCUGAAAAUGGAGAAUGUCGCCCUUGGCAGGUUUGAUCACUCAAAACCGAAUGAAAAUGUUCGUGAAUUGAUUGUCCGACUCGCUGAUUGUGGUUCCAUUAGUAAGCCAUCAACCAAAGAAGUGACCUCCCUAACAUACCGGAGCCCUGAAGUUCACUUCGGCAAGCCGUGGACUGAAAGUACAGAUGUUUGGUCCUGGGGAAUAAUUCUAGCGCAAUUGCUUCAAGCCCAAGUCAAUCAUAAAUCACCAGGAAUGUACGAUACGAUUUCCACGGGACCCCUGCAGAACAAGACGAAAGCUGUUCGCGAUCAGCUUGCUAUUGACUUUGACCUGGCCUCCGUUCCGUUCUAUGUUGAGGACAAACAUUGUGCCGGUAAGCUACCUUCACCACAGCCAGACGAAGCAUACAUGUGGGCAAAUGAUAUGGUAGAGAAAGGCGUUGCUGGCGAAGACAUCCAGUUCUUGGUUGAGGUUUUAAAUCCGGAUCCCAAUGCACGCUUGACUGUGCGUGAGAUUCUUGAGAGUGGAUAUUUAGAGGUCUGA